CUGGCAGAUCGCAACUGGGCGAACGAGAUCAAGUUUGUGACUUACCGAAGCGCAUCCGAGGCAGCGACGCAGCAGUUCCACAAGUUUAAUGAUGAUACUUAUUUAAUUGCGCGCGAGAAGGUGGACCCGGAUCGCGAAGGCAAGGUUGUGCGUCUGCUGUACCUGCGCUUUCGACUAUUUGAGGCGAAUGGCAGCUACGCGAUCGUGACCCAGAGCGUCCCGCAAGAUCCUGUCGUUUGUGGAGGGGCACUGGAGAAUAUCUGGGCGAAUGAUGCGUGUAUGUGGAACCAUUUCGUGCCGGUGGUCGAUGAAAGUGGAGAGGAGCAUUGCGAAAUUCACUUGACGGGGUGUUCGGCUGUCGGGGACCCGAGAAGCGUUCGUGCAAAUGUAUUGGAGACUGUCAUGGGGCUGCUACGCUGGGAGAAUAUUAACGUCGGCCCUACACUUACGUUGACCCAAGCUUCGAAACCA